GGCAGCAUCCUGAAGCACAAUGGUCGCUAGACGGUGAGCGCGCAGUGAUUCAGCAUCGCAAACUCGGGCUGUUACCCAUCUCUUUUUACUUUACCUACGUUUCUUUCUUUGUAUCAUUUUUAUCCGUCCUCAUCAUUGUCUUUUUAAACCGUCACCAUUCGGGAUGUUUUGAAUAGGACUGGACUGUCACCGGACCGGGAUCUUCAGGCAGCUGGCACGGAAUGGUAUUUAUGAACAGACGUUUCUUCUAUAACUGCAGUGCUCCAGUCCUGGAUGUGAAGAUUGCCUUUUGUCAGGUGUGUGUUCCAUUCAGGUAAAUUAAAAGGGGUUUGGCAAACAAGUUGAUGUGUCUUACAUUGUCCAGCAUUACAACAUGAGCAAAAGCAAAGUGGACAACCAGUUCUACAGCGUGGAAGUAGGAGAUUCCACCUUCACAGUUCUCAAACGGUACCAAAAUCUAAAGCCCAUCGGUUCCGGGGCUCAGGGAAUAGUGUGUGCUGGAUAUGAUGCUGUUCUGGACAGAAAUGUGGCCAUUAAGAAACUCAGCAGACCCUUUCAGAACCAGACUCACGCCAAGAGAGCAUACAGGGAGCUAGUGCUUAUGAAAUGUGUCAAUCACAAAAAUAUCAUCAGUUUAUUAAAUGUCUUCACACCACAGAAGUCUUUAGAGGAAUUCCAAGAUGUUUACCUGGUGAUGGAGCUGAUGGAUGCAAACCUCUGCCAGGUGAUUCAGAUGGAACUGGAUCAUGAGAGGAUGUCCUACCUGCUCUAUCAGAUGUUAUGUGGAAUCAAACACCUGCACUCAGCCGGCAUUAUCCACAGGGAUCUGAAACCUAGCAAUAUCGUGGUGAAAUCUGACUGUACGUUGAAGAUCUUGGACUUUGGGCUGGCGAGGACCGCUGGCACUAGCUUUAUGAUGACGCCCUACGUCGUAACGCGGUACUACAGGGCUCCAGAGGUCAUCCUGGGCAUGGGAUACAAAGAGAACGUGGAUAUUUGGUCAGUUGGUUGCAUCAUGGGAGAAAUGGUGCGCCACAAAAUCCUUUUCCCCGGCAGGGAUUAUAUCGACCAAUGGAAUAAGGUUAUAGAGCAGCUUGGCACGCCCUCUCCUGAGUUCAUGAAGAAACUGCAGCCAACGGUGCGCAACUAUGUGGAGAACAGACCAAAAUAUGCCGGCCUGACUUUUCCAAAACUCUUCCCUGAUUGCCUGUUCCCUGCCGACUCUGAGCACAACAAACUCAAAGCUAGUCAGGCCAGAGACCUGCUGUCGAAGAUGUUGAUCAUUGAUCCCGCUAAGCGGAUAUCAGUGGACGAGGCCCUGCAGCACCCCUACAUCAACGUGUGGUACGACCCGGCUGAGGUGGAGGCAGCCAGGAAUCACCACAUAUCUAUGCCUCCUCCACAGAUCUAUGAUAAGCAGCUGGAUGAGAGGGAACAUUCAAUUGAUGAAUGGAAAGAGCUCAUCUAUAAAGAGGUGAUGAACUUCGAGGAGAGAACGAAGAAUGGUGUUGUGAAGGGACAGCCCUCUCCCUCAGGUGCAGCCGUGAACAGCAGCGAGAGCCUCCCUCCCUCCUCCUCCGUAAACGACAUUUCCUCCAUGUCCACCGAUCAGACCCUGGCAUCCGACACCGACAGCAGCUUGGAGACCUCCGCUGGACCGCUGGGGUGCUGCAGGUGACUAACCGCCUGCCUGCGCAACCCCAUGUUCUUCAGAAGGUGAACGGCCCCUGCAAAUCCGACCGAGUGUAAAUUCACAACCUCUCCAAAAUGUACGAGAAUAUAAUUACGGGGGGUAGGGGGAAAUGUGGGAAAAAAGUUACUACAUGCGUAAAAUAUGUAUAAAAAUGUAUGCAUUUUCAUUCAACAAAAACGUCUGAAUAUGUAUAUUUACGAAUCUUCACUAGUUGCUUUGCUUUGAAUCCCCCUCAUAUGGCAUCCAAAAAGAAAAAAAAAGAAAAGAAAAUGAAAAUUGAAAAAAAAUAUUUAUGGACUUAAUCGGGCAUCUCUGUAAAGUGUACAUUGACUGGCUAAUAUUUAAAACCUUGCGAUUUUCUGUGCUUCAGUCGAUGUGGCAGGGUGGAUUUUUAUUUUAAUGAGCACUGUACAAUAUCGAUCACCCUUGUCUUUUCCCCUAAUGUAAUUUUUUUUUGCUUGUUCUGAAACUCCUGAACGGUUUCUGACUGGCUUGUGUGUCUGUGUGCAAAUCCAGUUAGGGUCAAAAUGUGUACAAUGGCGCCCCCUAUCUUUUGUAAAUAUGUAAUUCUGUACAGCAUGAGAGUGGGACUGACGGCCAGUAGAGGGAGUACUCGCGCACCUUGCCACAUCACAGCUAUCACCUUUGUUCCCUUUGCCUGUAGUCUUGCAUGGUCAGAGAAAAAAUACAAAUGUAAUUAAGCUAAUUAUAACAUAUACAAAUAUAGAGAACCUUGUUUGUAUAACAUGUUAGGAGCUCUGGGAAGCCAAAGGGUGAGUUUGGGCAUUUCUAAUGGUCGUUGGAGUGUGUUUUACAGGAAGCCAAUGGGGGGUACAAGCACUGUCGCUCUGUAUACUAAAUUGGGCAUCACUUUCAACAGCCCUGUCUUUGUGUUGGUGAAACUCACCCAAUGUAUGGCCCACUUAACAGGCAACAGCCUUGCAUGCUACAACUUCACCACGGAAAGGUUUCUCGUGUCAGACAGAUGUUUGGUUAGGGGGUGUCACAUCUCCAAGGUGUGCUAGGCUCAACAAUAAGGAUGAACUGAAGGUCCAUGGCAAGUUUGAGAGAGUUUCAUCUUAGUUGCCACAUAGUCAGUACAUUCUACCUUCGAUGAUCAUGUACAUGUGUUUUUAUGCCUUGCAAACGGAAAACAUUUGGAUUUAUGUGAUGUAUUGAACAUUUUUACCUGUUGUGCUGAUUUAAAUGUGUAACCAAGAUUAUGUUAAAUAGCUUGCUAACAUAGAUUUAAAGAAAUUGUGAGAAUGACUUGUGAUAGUUUUCAAAACAUAUAAACAAAUCAGUAAUAUUUUGAACCAUAUGCCAUCAUUUUCCAGCAAAAGUGUGUUUUUUUUUUUUUUUUUGGCAACAAAAACGGGUAACAUUUUACAAUAAGCUUGUAUUUGUUAAAGGAAUAUUCCAGGUUCAAUACAAGUUAAGCUCAAUCGACAGCAUUUGAGGCAUAAUGUUGGUUACUACAAAAAGUAAUUUCGACAUGUCCCUCCUUUUUACAGUCAUGCACUUCAAUGGAAGUGAAUGGGGCCAAUCUGUAAACGUUAAAAUACCACUGUUUCAAAAGUAUAGACACAAGACGCCAACAAUAUACGUGUUAACAUGAUUUUAGUGUGAUAAAAUUGCUUACUAACCUUCUUUUUUUUUGCAUAAAGUUAUAUCCAAUUUUACUAUUUCGAUGCCAUGACAAUGUAACAUAGGCAUUAAAACCCUAACAACCAUAAAAAUGAUGAUUUAAAGGUGCACUCAGUAAUUAUUUCCUCAUUUAAAAAGUUUUACUCCUAAAGAAAUGAAUUGUAAUUUUGAAGCUUAUGCGUAAAAACAUGAGCACUCACAUUAAAAUGAAGACUCCAGUCAUAUCAGUUACCUUAUAAAAGCUGUUUUAUUCUACAUGGAGAGGGUCUCCUCAUGGGAGCUGCCAUGUUAGAAUCACAUGACCAGCCGAAUACUACUAAUUGCCCUGUUAUUGGACCCUUUACUCAUUAAUUAAGUUAAUUAUGGCUGACUGUGAAUAGGUGACAUUACUCUGACGUCACACUGCAGAAAACCGUGCUUCCGGGUUCUUUCGAGCAGCAGAUUUUAAUGGUUGAAAUAGGCAGCGCUGCAGUUUUAAUAAUCUUUUAAACUUUAUAGAAUGUAAUAACAUCUGUUAAUGUUUAUAAAGGAAUAUCUAUGGUUUACAGUGAAAAAAUGAUGUGGGUUAUUUUCUGAAAUAUCGGCAAAACAAGUUUAAACUUGGCUCAAUGAGCCUGUAUGAUUAUGUCGGACAUGUAACAGAUUGAUGAAUACACAUCCUCACAUGUUUAACACACUUCUAAAGCCUAAGAAUUUGGGUACUUAGAAAUAAAAACUACCAUCAAACAUACAAUAUGUGUCUUAUCUGCCUAAAUUAUUAACCCACAUACAAUAAAUAAUGAUCAUAUUCUAUAUCAAAACUUAAUAACAGCCGUUUUAGAUUGAACAACAGUAUUUACUGCAUUCAAAAUUAAUGCAAAAACAUCAUUUUAGCAGUAUGACAUUAUUUUUAUUCACUUAUCCUGUCACAAACAAUAGUCCAUGCGCUGCGGUGGUGGAUACGGGCCUGUUCCUCCUGUUAUAUCGUAUAUAUGGUGGUCUUGAUCAUGUAAGAUCGUCGUUAGAUCAUAUUUUACCUUAUAUUUUUCACAGCAACAGCACUUUGGUAAUUAAAAACAGCCAUUUGUGAUCGGAGUUUGCGCAAUUUCUUAGUAAAAAAAAAAAAAGUUGAUAUCCACCAACAGCUGCUGCGGGUCAAUUGUGUCUAAUAGAGCAGACACGAUAACAAUGACGUGACCCAUGAAAUAUCAUAAUUUCCGUAAAGUUUUUCCUGAUGCAACGAUAUGGUGGAAAUUUAAAGAAGCCCUAAUCUCCAAUAAUCUGUGGAAAUGGGAUGUUUCAACCCCACAUACAGCACUUUUUGGGCAAUUUCAACGCAAUUUAAGCGAAGCGCCUAUAGACAGUAGUUCUUUUCUGGGCUACAAAAAGAAACCGGAAGGGGUGGAGUAGAGCGCUUGUUUGUAAACAGUAACUUCAUUUAUAGUGAAUUUCUAUAAUGCCAUUGGUAACUGAAAACUAUUGCAUUUGAAAGAUGCUGGAUCCACACCACUAGGUGUCAGUGUAAGUCCAAGAUGAAAAAUUUAAAAGAUUACUGAGUGCACCUUUAAACAACUUUACAGCUCAAUUAAUACACAAGUUUUAACAGAAGAAUUAAUGUAAGUGAUUUUUUUUAUUAUAUGCUUCAAUUUUCUACCUUUUAAAUCCUCCAAAAAUUGGCCCCAUUCACUUCCAUUGUAAGUGUUAACCGUAACUUCGAUUUGUACUUUUUUUUUUUUUUUUUUUUUAAGAGAAUGAGUUUUGUUUUUUGUGGUAAUCAACAUUAUGCCACAAAUGCUGUCAGUUGAGCUUGUAUUGAACCCGUAUUGAAUAUUUUUUACAGCAUUUAUAAAUCUUGGUUAAUGUUCAUUUAUUACAAUUGUUAAUUGUCAGUUCAUCAUGCAAUAACAUAAUAUAUCAUGAUAAAUAAACUGAAUACACUGAAAAAUUCAGUGUUUCUGACAUAAAAAUAAUUAUUUUGUAUAUUUGUGUAUACAAGUAAAAAUCUGAACUACUGAACGGACCGGACCAGCAGAAAAAAAUCCUUAUUGUUGAGCCCUGCUAUGUGUCUAAGAUGAACACAAGUUGAAAGCAUGUACCUCAUCUUAACUUUUUCUCACAUUUUGUUCUUUGAUUGCAUCCACUAAUCUCAUCUCGAUAUUCAUAUUUGUGUUGUCUGAAGGGAAUCGACUUGCUUACUACCUAAACACAGAAUAUUAUAAUAAUUUCACAGAAGGACUUUAUUUAUUAAACCUAUUUAUUGUCGGAACCUUAAUUUGGGAAGUGCCUUGAAUUAAUGCAGUUUCCUCCAAUGAAACACAAAUACAGUAAAUAUAACAGCUACAUAGAGAGGUCACUGAUGGUGGCAUCGGAUGUGCCAGGUCUGUUUACCCAACCCCACAGUCACCAAGAAACCCUGUUUGUGUAAUUUCCUAGUGUAGAGAUCUUGAUCUUGGAUCCAGGUCUCAUAUUAAAUCACUGUAUGUUAAAAGAGGACCUGCACCAAGACAAGUAUUUCUACACGGACAUAUGUUAUAAGACCCCAGAAAACUACAGUGGCCCCGGAAAAUAUUUGGACACUUAAGCCACACUUAAAAUGUAUGAAUUUAAUUGCAUUAGGUUACCAAUUAUCAAUAAAUGACACUAGACUUUUUCUCAGAACUAACUUCACUUUUCUGAGCCAUUUUUGCACUGGGAAGUCAGUUCUUCUCAAGUUUGGUCACUUAAAACCAAACAAAUGUAUUUAUGUUGAAAUGUUUUACUUAAACAGUGCACUUAUGCUAUAUUUUUUUGAAUAAAUGUCACUUGAUAUUUUGUUUUAUGUAAUGACGUACAUUUUUUAUUAAGUGUGGCUUACACAUCCAAAAACUGUUUGGGCCUACUGUGUAUUUCAUCAAUGUAACCCCCUUCACAUUUAAUCGUUUCAUUUUUAAAAAGACAAGUAAUGUAGUUUUAACUUUCAAACACACAUGCUGUUUUUAGUAAUAGGUAAAAAUUAGCUUCAUUAAAUGAACGUUAUGAAGUACACAGUAAAUUGAACAUAUAUAACAUUUAAGUUGUACGGUUUUGUUUUGUACCUGUAUUUGUCCAAAUUGAUCCGUGUACUAAGCAUUUGAAAUAAAGGGAUGAAACAAAAUUUUUUUUUUUUUGUUCAUGUAACAAAAGCUUUAAUAAUUUAAAAUUGUAUUGCCAAACUCUCAUUUUCUAACUCAUUCUCACUAAGUAACAGUAAAAGGUAUGCUAUUUAAGCAUUAUCACACGAGCAAGAGUGCGAUAUGGCCCUACAUCAGCACUGCUGUGAUUCGGCCGUAGGCACGAGGCCGCAUGCCGAGUGCCGUAGGUAAUCACAGCUGUGCUGAUUUAGGGCCAUAUAGAACGAUUGCGAGUGUGAUAUUGCUUAUACACAACAGUUCAAUGAACAAGCACAUUUUUAAAAAUUAGGAAAAACCGAGUACGGUCAUCAAAAACACAUUUGUGCAUGGAACUACUUUCUUACGAGAUGGAUCAGAAUCUGCCAUUGCUGGUUCAAACCAAAUGAUGCGUCCAAGCCUUCAUUAGUAAUUCAAUAAUGUCACUUUAGAACUAGUAUCACGGCUUGGGCUGUUUCUAACAAGUUAUUGGAGAAACAAGGGUGUGUGUGUGUGUGUGUGUGUGUGUGUGUGUGUGUGGGCAGGUUUAAGUGGUUUACCAGGACUUUUUUUUAAGUUACAAACUGGUAAUUACAAGGGUAUUAUGCUAUAAAUGUGGUUUAUGAGGACAUUUCUAGUGUCCCCAUAAUUUAAAUCGCUUAAAAAACAUACUAAACAAUGUUUUAUUGAAAAUGUAAAAAUGCACAAAGUUUUUUAUGAGGGUUAGGUUUAGGGGUAGGGGUAGGGGAUAGAAUCUAUAGUUUGUACAAUAUAAAAAUCAUUAUGUCUAUGGAGAGUCCUCAUAAUGAUAGCUGCACCACCAUAUGUGUGUGUGUGUGUGUGUGUGUGUGUGUGUGUGUGUGUGUGUGUGUGAGAGAGAGAGAGAGAGAGAUGGAGCUUGUGCGAUUACCUGUUGAGCAGAGAUGCUCAGCUUUCUGAGAUAGUCAGCUUUCUGAAGAUAAUGUAAUUUUGGUCAAAUUCAUCCUAUUUUCUCAGUGGAAAAAUAGCCGUUCAAGCAGGGGUAUUCCUCCUUAUUUCGCGGUAGCCGGUGCACAAGAGUCUUUCACUAUAGAAACCGCAAUGUCCUCCGCAAUUUUGAACAUUAUUUUCUCUCCAAUGUGGAAACUCCGGUAAGAGGUAAGCGCCUUGAGUUUGUGUAAUUAAUCAGUCUGUUGUGUCUCUCAGCUGUGAUAAGCCAUAAUGCUGAAGCUGUUUAAAGCUAUUUCCUAGCUUUAGUAGUGUAGUAGUUAUACAAGUGAUCACGGAGUGUUGUUGAAUAUAAACACUGAGUGACGCUGACUCACUUCACGUCACCAACUGGCUCAUAUUAUACACAAAAAUGGUCUUUUGCUGCCACCUGCUGGCUAAAAUAUGCAAUGUCACAAAAUUAAAUGUAAAGAGACAUAUACAGUAGCUCUUAACACAUCUACACUGCUCUUACACUUUAGUUUAGAAUGGCAUGAACACAAGCGGAGUGAUACACACAGUGAAGCGUCGGAGUUCUAAUGGAGUGAGACCAUCAGUACUCAUGGAACGUCUCUCGUCUAAUCAAAUUUGAGGACUGGAACUAACUGAUGUAUAUUUAUUUAUAAUUAUUAAAAAUAUUCUUUAUGAUUUUUAGGAACAACAUUGAAUGUUAAUUUCCACUUGCAGAAAAUCCGGUAACACUUUACAUUAGUUAAUACAUAAAGUAUAAUAAAGUAAAAGAAUCAAGACAUUUUACAGCAGUUAUUAAUCUUGGUUAAUGAUAUUUUAUGAAAAUACAAUUGUUUAUUGUUAGUUUAUGUUAGUUCAUAAUCCAUUUACUAAUGCUAACAUAUGCAACUUUCAAUUAAAAAAAAAUAUAUAUAUAUAUAUUAUAUGUUGAAAUUAACAUUAACCAAGAUUAAUAAAUGCUGUAAGUUAAUAGAUGCAUUGUUAAUUUAUGCUAACUAAUGUUAACCAAUACAAAAUUAUUGUAAAGUUUACCGUUUUAUAUUUCGAUUUGAAAAACAACACAAAUGUUUAAUUGAUUUUUAUUUUUAUUUUUAUAUUUUAAUUUUUUUUUUUUUUGCAAUAAUUAAGUGCUUAUGUAUUUGUGAAAGGUAUGUAUAACAGUGAAAGGGAUGCUAUUUGUUUAUGAUUUCAAUUAUUAUUUAUACUUUUAGUAACAACAGUGCAUGUUAAUGUUCACCAAAUUUUGCUUAGGUACAUUGAGAAAGUUGCUUGAUUUUUUUCAGGGGUAACAUUUUACAAUAAGUUUAUUUUCGUUAGUUAAUAUAUAAGGUAUCAUGAACUAACAGUAAGCAUUUUUUUUUAUUUUUAUUUUUUUACAGCAUUUAUUAACAUUAUUUAUUAUAUCAAUGUUAUGAAAAUACAGCUGUUUGUUGUUCAUGAGUUUAUACUCCAUUAUCUAAUGUUAACAUGCAACUUUUAAUAAAACAAAAAAUAAAAUAAAAAUGUAUUGCUCUCUUGAGCACAAUCAGAAAACCAUUUAUAUCCUCAGAGAACUUUUUAUGCAUGAACUGUACCAUACAGUACGAAUAUAGCCCUGGCCUAUAAUCAAUUUAUUUUGCCAAAUUUUCACCAUAACAAUCUGCAUCAAAUUAUCAUUCUUACAAAAUGUUAUCUCAUACAGUACAAAAUAAUACAUGUCAUCUUUCGAGGACAGAAAGGGGUUCUGGGAGGUCUCUAAUCUCUGGCAAACAAUUUAAAUAUGGCUGCUGACGAUUUUACAACAGGGUAGACACGUACAUGUGCACGUACAUACAGUAACUUUUGUAUUUUAAUUGUUAGAAUUCAAAAUUCAUUGUAAACCGUUGCAUUGUGUAUCAAAUUUGUUGAUUAAAUUUCACUUUAGAAUAGACAGACAAAAAUGUGUUAUUUUUCAACAAAAUGACCUGUGUAACGAUAACUGUUGGGAUGUGCAAAGGGUUAAUUUUGAAAUUUCAUUGUCUCAAACUUCCAUUUCAAAAUUUUGCACCAUUUAACCAAUUGUUCUGAAAUGUCCAAAACAGUAACUUGAUUAAAUACUCAAACUGUAAGGUUUACUCAUGUAUAAAGUUUGGAAAGAAUUGUAGAGCAAGAGUAUGCACUUCUCCCAUGGUGAUUCAAAUAGUCUGAUGACCAGGUUAAAAAUGCUUUAACUUUUGGGUUUCAUUUCUCAGAAUGGCUUCUGAUUUGACAGCCUUGGUUAAUGUUGGCGUCAACACUGAAUGUUCAACAUGGACUUUUCACACUGUUAUAAAGCUGCUUAAAGAAACCAGCAUCCAUGGGAUGUCAUGUCUUUGGCAUUGAGGUAAAAGUAAAGAAUUAGCCACAUGGCUGGCGUUCUGUAAGUGAUGUAUUGUAGAGGUUGACUUUGUCAUGUAACAGUGGGGGUGCAGUUUGUGAGCAGGAAAUUAAAGAAUGGAAAACACUUGAUGUAUCUUAACAAUGUGAUAUUAUGAUGUCAUAAUUCAAAUUCGAACUGAUUGGUCAAGAUAGAGGCCUUAUGAGAAAUAGUCACUCGAAGAGAUCAGAUUUGUAACAUAUUCCCCUCUUUUUUUUUUUUUCUUUUUUUUUGGGGUAAUGUUACCAUUUAAUCUGUUUAUUAUUCAUCUGAGUCCAAUUUGGAAAUCUUCAUCAGAUAAAUGCAUGUUCACCAGACAAAACAAUUCAAUAAUUAGUCAUUUGGAAAACAUAUACAUCUGUCAUAAUUCUGUUCAAAAUAAUAAUCUAUGGUUUAUUUAAUGUUUAUCUAAACAAACUGCACAAAAUAUACAGUUGAUGAAACUAUGAAUCAUUUUAAUCAAAUACACAGAGCAAUACAGACAACAUUAUCCAUUGCCUCCUAUUUUAUUUUUAGGUCUUCUUUCUUUCUUUUGUUAUUCAAUGUCAAAUAUCACAAUAACAACUCUUUAAGUAUGGAUGAAUAAUGGAUUGUUUUUGUAAUCAUGAAUUCACACCGUGUGCUAAAGUUGUGACGAGUCUCACGGUGAUGUUCAAUUCAAUCAACAGAGUCUUUAUGAUUAUAUUUAGAUGGUAUUUUUAAACCUCUCUCUUUCUCUUUCUCUUUCUCUUUCUCCAUCUAUCUCUUUCUGUGCUGCCAAUGAGCCAUUCUGUUGAGAGAACAAAAUGGAGACUGUGGUUCUUUAUGCAGUUCUUUUUGAAAUCUAAUGCCAUUGUCAACCUUUUGCUCCAGGCUGUUGUUCAAAUCAAAUUAUUCUAAACAUGCAAGAUGAGAUGAGAUUGAUGGAAGAAAAAAUAAUAAAUAAAUAAAUUAGAUUUAAAACAGCACUAUGGAUUAGCAUCCGACAUUUUAAAGGUACUGUGUAUGUAAUAUAAAUAUCUGUAUGUGACUGAAAAUAAACAACUCCUUUGACCUUGAAA